AUGCUCCGUGGGGCGACACAGUCACCUCAAAAUGUGGUGAUUUCUUGGACAUUGGUGCUGCUGCUAGCCACGCUAUGUGCUGUUAGUGCGCGCCCAGAACCACCAGCCAACACCUAUCUGCCCCCUUCGUCGUCUUAUGCGGCACCAGGUCAACAGGGUGGCUCUGGAUUUGGUGGUGGGGGCGGUAGUGGUGGAAGUGGAGGCUUCGGGCAACCUGGUGCCUUUGGAAGGCCUUCAUCGUCAUAUGGACCCCCGAGUCAGGGUGGUGCUGGUGGGGGCUUUGGAAGUGACUCCCAGUUUGGUGGAGGCUUCGGCGGUGGAGCUGGUGGCUUCGGUUCAGGUGGAUCUGGGGCUCCAGGAGCUUCACAGCGACCAUCUUCAUCAUAUGGACCACCUGGGCAAACAGGAGGUGGAGGCUUUGGGGCACAAGGUGCUCCGGGAUCAUCAUUUGGACCUGGUGGAGGUUUUGGCGGUGGAAGUCCUGGACAAGCAGGAUCGUCAGGAUUUCAAAGACCAUCCUCUUCAUAUGGACCACCUGGGCAGUCACCAGGUGGUGGAUUUAGCCAACAAGGUGGUGCACCUGGUGCCUCGCAGCGACCCUCAUCAACCUACGGAGCUCCCGGGCAGGGAGCUGGAGGCUUUGGUCAAGGAGGAUCAGGUGGAUUUGGUGGAACUGGCGGAUCUGUUGCCAUCGGCGGAAGACCCUCAUCCACCUAUGGAGCACCUGGACAAGGUGGCAGUGGGGGAUUUGGCGGUGGUAGCGGUGGAUUCGGCUCACAAGCACCCUCAACAUCCUAUGGAGCUCCUGGACAAGGAAGCCCUGGUGGUGGAUUUGGUAGCCAAGGUGGACCCGGUGGGCAACCUGGUUCCCCUGGCUUUGGUGGAUCACAGCGUCCCUCAUCUUCGUAUGGACCUCCAGGACAGGGUGGAGCACCGGGACAAGGUGGUUCCCCUGGGUUUGGUGCACCAAGCAGAUCAGGGAGUGCCGGUGUAUUUGGAGCAUCGCAGCAACCGUCCUCAAGUUAUGGCCCACCCGGACAGGGAGCAGGAAGUGGAUUUCAAGGGACUGGUGGCGGCUUUGGUGGUCCCGGACAGCGACCUGGAUUCGGUGGUUCACAAACUCCUGCGACAUCUUACGGAGCGCCAGGUCAAGCUGGAGGUGCUUCAGGUGGAUUUGGGGGAGCCGGCGCACAGCGUCCAUCCUCCAGCUAUGGACCCCCAGGACAGGCAUCAGGAUUCGGUGGUGGAAGUCCAGGAGGGGGUUUCGGAGGUGGCUCCAGUGGGGGAUUCGGCGGCAACCAAGGAGGUUUCGGAGGUAACCAAGGUGGGUUCGGUGGUUCCCAAACUCCCUCAUCGAGCUACGGAGCUCCUUCAUUCGGCACUGGUGGCAGUCCAGGUGCUGCCGGAGGAGCCGGUGGAUUCGGCCAAGGUGGUGUAGGUGGUUCCGGUCAACCAGGUGGAUUUGGUGGUGGUGAUCAAGGCUACCCACCACGUGGAGGUCCCGGAGGUUUUGGACCAGGUUCCGGUGGUUCCGGUGCAGGAGGUCCCGGUGCUGGAGGUUCCGGCUCUGGAUAUCCCGGUGGUUCAGACUCAGGAAGCAAUGAACCUGCCAAGUAUGAUUUUAGCUACCAAGUUGAUGAUCCAGCCAGUGGCACGUCCUUUGGUCAUUCUGAGCAACGGGACGGAGAUUACACAAGCGGUCAGUACAAUGUCUUGCUUCCAGAUGGUAGAAAACAAAUAGUAGAAUAUGAAGCAGAUCUAGGCGGUUACCGACCACAAAUUAAGUAUGAAGGUGGUAGUUCCGGUGGUGCUGGGGGAUACCCAUCAGGUGGUCCUGGAAGUCAGGGAGGUGCUGCUGGGUACCCAUCAGGUGGACCAGGUGGCCCAGGGAGCCCUGGUGGAGCUGGUGGCUAUCAAUCAGGUGCCGCAGGUGGUGCAGGAGGUUACCCAUCCGGUGGACCAGGUGGCCCAGGCGCUGGUGGCUACCCAUCCGGUGGACCAGGUGGCCCAGGAAGUCAGGCUGGAGGAUUUUCAGGUGGUUUCGGCGGUGGUUCAGAUGGCGCCUUUAGCGGUGCAGGUGGUUUCUCACAGGGUGGAGCUGGUGGAGGUGAUGCUGGCUAUCCCCGAGGUGGUCCCGGAGGGUUUGGCGGAGCAGGAUCACCCGGAUUCGGUGGAUCAGGUUCUCCUGGAUUCGGUGGAUCAGGAUCACCGGGGGCUCAGGGCUCUUCUGGAUUUGGUGGUACCGGUGGUGGUUUUGGGGGUGGUGCUGACGGUUACCCCCGUGGAGGACCCGGAGCUGGUCAAAGUGGAUUCCAAGAUGGCCGCGGUGCAACUGGUGGUGCAGGACAACCCGGAGGACGUGGAAGUUUCGGUAGACCCGGAAGCGCACGUGGAGGUUCCUCAUCUAAUGGAUACGCCAACGGAGGUGCCGAAGGCUAUCCCCGAGAUAAUCCCCAGAAUCGAGGUUCAGGCUACUAAAGCCUUCACCCGCCCUCCAUGUAUUUGACCCUCAACCACCGACUCACAGCAUUUAACCCUGAAAAGCUCUCUCUCUCUCAUUUUAUGUGUGUAUAUAG